AUGGCACAGUCAGACAACAGGCGAGACCUUCAACAUGCGAGCAAAUUGGGCCGCGACGGGAGCGGGAAGAGCGGCCAAACACUGGCACACUACGUGUCCGCCUCACACAGCGCAUCGGGAAUGGUCACUUCUACCGAGAACGGGAUUGGAAAUAACCUGCUGCCGGCGCCUCCGCCGCUCACAGACAUGCUCAGCUUCCGGCUGCAGCCACCAAUGCAGGGGACAGGACCGCAGCAGCCACCACAAACGUCGACGCAUCCGGAGCAGCUAAUUAGUAGUCUCCGGCAGUCCACAGCUUGGGCUACACCUGUGGGGGGCAGCCCUCCCAGGGCGAUCCCGCGGCUGGCGUCAUCGAGGGAGAGCACUGCGUUGCUGGAGGAGGCCCGCAAGAAGGCACAGGAGGCUAUGGAGGUGCUGUCCGGGGGCCAGGCCACAGCCGCCCUCCAGGAGCUUGAGGCGGUGCUGGGACCCCGGGAGAUGAACUUGACGGCGCUGGUGACAGCCACCCGGAACCUUAGGGGGGACCUCUGCAAGGAGCUCCACAACACGGAGAAGCAGGCGAGUUUCGCACGUGCCCAAAUAAAGGCACUGGAGCGGCAGCACGACCUGUUGCGGCACCAGCUGCGUCUCCGACCCGAGCCUAUCCUGCUGCCGCCGCCGCCGGCCGUGGCCGGGCUCUCGGACACGGGGACCCCAUCCAUGAGCCCCAAGAACCAAAACUACAAUUUUGAUGCGUUGAUGGUGCCACGCAGCGGCAACGGCAGCAUGUCCGCGCCGCAGUCACCCAUGGCACACGGCAAGCCGCGCUUGGACGGCUCGUCACCGCUACCGCUGCGCCCUGGUUACUUCAAUGCAAUGGCGGCCACCGCCUCGGCUGUCGGCGGCGAUCCCGCCGCCGAAGGCGGUGCGAUUGGGGGUGGCGGUAUCCUCGGCGCUGUUAGCGGCAGCCGCGAUGGCAGCAGCCGCGACGGCGCCACCGCUGCGGCCGCAGCCGCAGCUAUGUUUAAUGGCGAUGCGCCCGCAGGCUUUGCAGGCGCCGUCGCGGCUGCUGCUGCUGCGGCUGCGGCAGCAGCCUCUCCCACAGCCCAGCUGAGUUCCCUGUCAUUCAACGAACGCAGUGGCUUAGAAUAUCCUGGGGGCGGCACGUCAUUGCUCAGUGGCAAGUGGAGCUUGGCGGGGGCCAUGGAGCGGACCUUGCGCAUGCGCGCACUGAACCGGAUGGAGGCAGCGCUAGCAGCACUGGCUGCGGAACAGGCGGCGCAUGAGCGACCUCCGAGCCGCGGCAUCGUGGAGGCGGCGCCACCGGUUGACGUGGAGGAGCUGCGGCGGCUGAAGCACACGCCGCAGGGCAUAGCGGAGAACCUGGUUCUGCACCCUCGCCCCAUCGCCGCCAUGCAGCCUGAUACCCCGUCGUACCUUGGCGUAAACGUCCGCCGUACUCCUUCUCCGGGACCGGGGCCUCUGCUCGGCCCCGCCGACGGCCUAUCUGGGGCCCCACGGCGACUGGGCGCCAUCGGCGGCGGCAGCUUCGCCUUCACACCAGGCAGCACCUCCCCCGACCUAGGUGCUUCCUUGCAGUGGAACAAUCGCGGCAUAUCCACCGCCAAGAUGCACUUGCUGAAGGAAGCACUGGCGCAGUCCCCACAACUUGUGCGCCUGUGCCUGGCGGGAAACAAGAUGUCCAAUGAGGACGUGACGGAGCUGAUGUCCCUCCUGUCGGACCCCGCCGGGCCCCGCAUCCAAGAAAUUAUCCUAGACCAGAACACCAACCUCAGCUGGCGCUGCGCGCUGCCCCUAGCACUCGCGUUGGGCAUGUCCCCCGAUAUGGCCGCCACCUCCACCGCCGCCGACUGGGCCGCCGUCGCUGCAGCCAUGCCGUCCUCCGCAACGCCCGCCUCCAUCGUUGCACCGCCUGCCGUACCCUCCGCCCGCGACAAGAUCCACCGCUUAGACAUCCGCGUCCUCAGCCUCUGCGGCGUCAAGCUGGGUGAUAAAGGCGUUUCUCAGUUAGCCGAGGGAUUGAGGGCUAAUAACUCCCUGAGGGAGCUGGACCUGCGCCGCUGCGGCAUCAGCGACGCCGGCGGCGCGGUGCUGAUGGACGUGUUGGAGUCCAAUGGGCAGUUACAGAGACUGGAUGUUAGCUGGAAUGCGCUGCGGACGGAGAGCGCCCGGGUGCUGGAGGUAGCGUUGGCGGGCAAUGCUGGGCUGCGGGAGCUGAGCUUGGCACAUAACGGCUUUAAUGACCUGGACGGCGCGAGGGUGAUCAAGGGGUUGCUCAACCACGGUCGGUGGUUGCAAGUAGACCUCUCCCACAACACUCUGGGCCCGGGUAGCUGCAUGAUGGCAGGGGAGCUGCUGCGGCGACUGGGAGCCGCAGCAGCCAGCAUCAUGGUGCAGGGCAACUAUGCGGAGGGUUGGCCCAGACUGCCCACCAUUGGGGGUCCAGGAGGCAGCUCCAGCCCCCACUCCCACUCCGCGGGGUGGCCCCAGCAGCAGCAGCAGCUGCUCAUGCAGACCAGUCGCACCGACCCUCUGGUAGACACGCACAGUGUGGGGCGGAACGCUGUGCCGGUACCGGACCCCUCGAAGCGGCCGUAUGGGAUGGCGGAUGAUCGCUCCGCUCCCCCCAGCCCCACCACCCUGCGCCUCUCCGCAGGGCAGUUGGGCUCCCAGCUGCUCAAGGGACAGCCCUCCCUGGCGCUGGACGGGAACCCGCUGGGGAGCACUGGGUUGCGUAUCAUCCUUGAUGCCAUGGAGGCCAUGAGUCAGUCCCUGAUGUCCGCAGCGGGAUUAGGACCGCCUGACCCCUCCGACCUGGAGGACUUCGCAGGCGCAGAGGUGCCGCCUCUACCCCUGCAGAUCACCAUAGCAAAUUGCAAUGUUGCGCCACCCUCGGAAAGGAUGAUUGGUGGGGACGACGAGGCCAACCCCUUCCUGCCCAGUAUUGCGGUGCUGUGCCGACCCCCGGGCGGCAGCGGUGGCGGCAGAGCGGGGCAGGCAGCCAAGGAUGCAGCCGCCAAGAAGGCAGCAGCGGCCAAGGCCUCGUCCGCGAAAGGCAAGACCAGGAUAGAGAACCGCAACGGGGAGUAUGGGGAUAGGGAGAUGUGCAGGCCAAAGAGGAACGGCGGCUCCCGCGAAGCCCGCUCACCCACCAGCUCAAGCCCCACCCCUGGGGCGGCCCAUGCCGCCCUGACCCUGCAAUCGCCCCACUUGGACCUCCAGAGCCCCGCGGGUGUGUAUUCCCUGGACCUCGCCCACCCCGCCACUGCCGUGCUGGUGGCCUACCUGCUGCGAAUGAGGGAGCGGCUCAACGCUGCGGCGGAGGUGGGGCUGGUGGCGACGGGGGUAACGGUGUCCAUUGGCAGCAUAUCAGUGAACGGCAAGUCAAUCAAACUGGAUCAGCUGUCGGCGGUGGACAGCUGGACAGAGGGCACGUUACAGCUGACGGUCAAGGCCCCCGCCGUGUUGGCCCUAGAGGCGCCCCUACCCCUGACGCCCAGGGUGGCGGAGUGGCUGGCAUCCCUGGUGGGGAACCUCACAGCCUCGCCCUUGUGGAAGCUGUCCGUCAUACAGGCAGCCGGUAGCGUCUGCUUCUUCACCCCCGGGCAGUGCCUAGCGCUGCUGGCGGGUUUUGACCGGGAUACCCAGGCGACCGAGAGCGUGGCGGCGGCGCAGAUGCUGUACGCGCGCUCCGCCCAGCCACUGGCGUUUUGGGAGCACGUGCUGCCGAGGCUGCCGUCGGCUCAGCAGGCGUCACUGAGGGAGAGGGUGGGUGAUCUGGUAGCCUUGGAUAUGACUCGACCCAUGGGUCGCUACACACUCAACCUCAGCCGCCAGGUGGACCGCUUCGUAGCGCUCAGGCUGCAGCUGGCGUCUGCACUGGAAAACAGCUGGGUUGAGAACAAGUACUACGUCAACUGGCUCAACGCAUCCUUCAACGGCCAACCGCUGGACCGACCCGGUCUAACCCACAUCCGCGACUACACGCUACCCGGCGCGGGAGUGUUGCGGCUGGACUAUGUGUCGUACACGAAGCCCGGCUUGGGGAUGGCUCCGGCUCCUCCCGAGGAGCUGGCGGAGCUGCUGUCCCGACUGAGGAACUGCAACAUGACGCACAUCGCAUCACUGCUGCAGGUUCGGGCGCAGGUGACUCCCCCACCCCCUCCACCACCAUCCCGGAGGGAGCACCUCAGAUCCCCCAUCGGGCGCCGCAAGCAAGCACUGCCUCCGCCGCCGCCCAAGCCCCGCCUGAACGCCUUCCAGCUCAUGCACAGCUCCCUUCUGGAUGUGGCUCGCUUCCUGGCCUCACCCGGACCGCCGCCGCCGCCGCCGCCGCCCAACCCCGACGGCACGGCUCCACCGCUGCCUCAGCUGCCCACAAGCUGGACUGCCACAUGCGGUUUCGACACGGAGGCGCUGUUCCGCCGUGCGUCUGUCGUACCGCCGGAAUGGUCGACGGCGGGAUACGCAAUGCCGCUGCCGCCAAUAGGAGGAGAGUGUGGCCCUCCAGGAUCGGGGACCGGAGCAGCCACGACAGGGACGGGACUAGGAACGGGAACGGAUGCGCCGGUAUUGCGGGCGCCAAGUUUGGCGACCAAGUCUAUGAAGAGCAUUGUCGGUGGCCGGGCCCCAGUGUUAUCGGUGCAGAUGCGGGCGUCAAGGCGGCGGUCGGCCAAAGGGAAAGAGGACGAGGAGGAGGAGUGGCCGGUGACGCAGGCCGACUACCACGCGGCGCUCCUGGCUAUGGUCCACCAAGCCAAGGACCUGCCGCUGCUCGCCUCAAAAAUGGGCGCCACCCACCUCGGGGCUGCCGUCUCUGCGCUACUCCGCUACGAGGGCGGCGAGCGCGCUACCGCCGCGCUUCUGACGGCGCUGCCACCGCUCGCAGCCUCCAAGUUCCUGUAUGACCAGGUCGACCCGUCACCGUGCUUGCUACCUCCGGAUGUACGGCGACAGCUGCUGGCCGCUAUGCCUCAGGACAAAGUGAAACUAAUGGAGAUGGCAGCACGCGGCGCCAGUGAUGCGGCUAUCGCGCGGGUACGGCAGGUCCGGACUGCGCUGCAUCUGUGGGCUUCCCGACGGCUAGUGAGCUGCGAGCAGGUGGAGGCGGUGCUGGGGGCGCUGCACACGGAGGGCGACCGCGUGGCAGCCAUGGUGGUGCUGUGGCCGCGGAUGGUGGACGGCCGGUGGAAGAAGGCGUAUUUGGCGUUGAAACAGUCGGAGCAGCGGCAGGUCAUGGUGCGGUUGGGCUUCUGGCACGUGUACACCUGCCUGGGUGACCCUCACGGCAUCUUCUUCUCUCUAGACUUGGGGGAGCCAGAGCAGAGGGACAUUGCACGGGAGCUGGUGCGCAUGGCUGUCAAGGAGACCAUGAGAUCAAAGCAGGAAGCGCGGGCACGAGGAGGCUUCUACGCGGCGACGUUGCUGGACCUACACGGCAACGGCAACCCGGUGUCGAUUCCCGAGGACGAGAAGCUGUGGGGCAUGGCGGAUUCCAACUUCAAGACUAUGGACUUCCUGUACUGUCCGACCUUCGAACAGAGCCUUGAGAGGGUUUCGUCCAGUGCCAGGCAGAUCCAACGCUACUGGUCUGGACUGCAGGCACGACGGCAAGCCUUACUGGCCAGGGCGAUGGCUUCCGAGUCUGCUACCACGUUCUGCUAUCGAACUUUGUUACCUAUCAGGACCCGUCCCGUGCAAAACCUCGUUCGCGACUGCCUCAGGAGCCUCUUGGGGUGCCACCGUGAGGAGCUGAAGAAGGCCGGGCGGCCGUUCUAUGCCGGGGCGUGUGCUACG